AUAUAUAUUGUUCUUCUUCACUAUUUAAUGAGAUUGAUUAAUUUUAUACGUUAUAAGGAAUAAAGUAUCCUUCAUUUAUUAAGAUUGAGGUUGUGCUGUAUGCCGUAUUUCUAAUUAUGGAUUCUGAAAAAAAUAGUGUUCCUUACUCUCAAAGUGGCAGUAAAGAGCAAGAUGAUAAGCUAUUGCAACCUUUUACUUAUAUACUUCAAGUACCAGGAAAGCAAAUAAGAGGAAAACUUGCACAUGCUUUUAAUUAUUGGCUAAAAAUAUCAGUAGAAAAACUUAACGCUGUUGGAGAUAUUACACAAAUGUUGCAUAAUUCCAGCCUCUUAAUAGAUGACAUUCAAGACAACUCUAUACUUCGUAGAGGAAUUCCAGUUGCCCAUUCUAUUUAUGGGGUUGCUAGUACUAUAAAUGCUGCCAAUUAUGUAUUAUUUAUUGCAUUAGAAAGAGUGAUUUCUCUCAAUCAUCCAGAAGCUACUCAAGUAUAUACAGAACAACUUUUAGAGCUCCAUAGAGGUCAAGGUAUGGAAAUUUAUUGGAGAGAUAAUUUUAUAUGUCCUUCAGAAGCCGAAUAUAGAAUGAUGACUAUUCGAAAAACUGGUGGAUUAUUUAAUUUAGCUGUACAUUUAAUGCAACUUUUCUCAGAAUGCAAAGAAGAUUUUACUCCAUUAGCUGGAAUUUUAGGAUUAUAUUUUCAGAUUAGAGAUGAUUAUUGCAACUUGUGUCUACAAGAGUACACAGAAAAUAAAAGCUAUUGUGAAGAUCUUUCAGAAGGAAAAUUUAGUUUCCCAAUAAUUCAUGCUAUACAAAGUGGUGCAGAUGAUGGACAAAUUCUUAAUAUUCUUCGUCAAAGAACAAAGAAUGUUGAAGUUAAACGAUAUUGUGUAAAUUUAAUGGAUAAGUUUGGUUCAUUUGCAUAUACAAGAAGAAUUCUAUCAGAUCUUGAUAAGCAAGCUAGAGAGGAAGUUGAAAGACUUGGAGGAAAUCCUUACUUAAUAAGUGUUUUAGAUGAAUUACUAACUUGGAAACAGAGUAAAAAUCUUGAAAAUUACGAAAAAUGAAAUAAUUAAAAAAACUGUUUGCAAUUCAUUAACGAAUGAUUUAAUGAGUACAUUUUCUUAAAUAUAAUAUGUGUGACUUAUACAAGAAAAUAAGACGCUUUAUAAUUGAUAUACAUUUUGAAUAAUAAAAUGCCAUAUAGCAGAUUAAGUUUUUGAGAGAAAAUAUGAAAUUUUGAGUAACAAAUACAA